AUGUUUUCCUGGGGGCUGAGCUGUCUGUCGGGGCUGGGGGCUACGGGCACGGCUCUCCUGUGCACCGUCCUGCUUCUAGUCUUGGCCCAGCACCUCUGGACCCUCCGUUGGACUCUUAGCCGGGAUCGGGCCUCGGCCCUGCCCCUCCCCAAGGGCUCCAUGGGCUGGCCCUUCUUUGGCGAAACGCUGCACUGGUUGGUUCAGGGCUCCCAUUUCCACAGUUCCCGCCGGGAGCGCUACGGUACAGUGUUCAAGACACACCUGCUGGGCAGGCCAGUGAUACGCGUGAGCGGCGCGGAGAACGUGCGCACCAUUCUGCUGGGCGAGCACCGCCUGGUGCGCAGCCAGUGGCCGCAGAGCGCGCACAUCCUCCUGGGGUCGCACACGCUGCUCAGCGCGGUGGGCGAACCCCACCGGCGGCGGCGCAAGGUCUUGGCGCGAGUGUUCAGCCGCGCGGCGCUGGAGCAGUACGUGCCGCGCCUGCAGGGGGCGCUGCGGCGGGAGGUGCGCUCCUGGUGCGUGGGCCGCCGACCCGUGGCGGUCUUCGCCGCGGCCAAGGCGCUCACCUUCCGCAUGGCCGCGCGCAUCCUGCUGGGUCUGCGGCUGGAUGAGGCGCGGUGCGCGGAGCUGGCCCGCACCUUCGAGCAGCUGGUCGAGAACCUCUUCUCCCUGCCCUUGGACGUGCCAUUCAGCGGCCUGCGCAAGGGCAUACGGGCCAGGGACCAGUUGCAUCAGCACCUGGGUGAGGCCAUUGCUCAGAAGCUUCACGAGGACCAGGCAGCAGAGCCAGGGGAUGCCCUCCAUCUGAUCAUUCACAGUGCUAGGGAGCUGGGCCAGGAGCUCUCGGUGCAAGAGCUGAAGGAGUCGGCUGUGGAGCUGCUCUUCGCCGCUUUCCUCACCACCGCCAGCGCCAGCACGUCCCUCGUGCUGCUGCUGCUGCAGCACCCGGAGGCCGUCGCCAAAAUCCAGCAGGAGUUGGCUGAGCAGGGGCUGGGGAGCGCGUGCGGCUGCGCGCCCGGGGCUCUGGGGUCCCGGCUGGACUGCGGCUGUGAGCCCGACCUCAGCCUCGCGGCACUGGGCGGGCUGCGCUACGUCGACGGCGUCGUGAAGGAAGUGCUGCGCCUCCUGCCGCCAGUGUCCGGAGGCUACCGCACCGCGCUGCGCACCUUUGAGCUCGACGGCUACCAGGUCCCCAAAGGCUGGAGCGUGAUGUAUAGCAUCCGGGACACGCACGAGACUGCCGCGGUGUACCGAAGCCCGCCAGAGGGCUUCGAUCCCGAGCGCUUUGCAGCGGAGCGCGAAGACGCGCGCGGCGCCCCGGGCCGCUUCCAUUACAUCCCCUUCGGCGGCGGGGCGCGCGGGUGCCUGGGCCAGGAGCUCGCGCGGGCUGUGCUGCAACUGCUGGCGGUGGAGCUGGUGCGCACCGCGCGCUGGGAACUGGCCACGCCCGCCUUCCCCGGCAUGCAGACGGUGCCCAUUGUGCACCCGGUGGACGAGUUGCGAGUACUUUUCUACCCUCUCCCCUCUUUGCGUCCAGGGAAUGGGCCACAUCUCUAA